AUGGGAGUACACCACAUUGCCACUGGCGCCGAUCGGCGGGAUAGUGACAAGGAGACGGGCGCUUCAAUUCAUCACAUUGAAAGGCAUGAAGCGACGGACCCUACGUUAUGGCAGUCUGUGAAGCGAUACAGAAACGUGGUUUGGUGCUGUAUCAGCUUGACUACAACUAUUCUUCUCUAUGGCUACGAUUAUGUCAUUGUUGGAACGACGUCGGCUAUGCCUAGCUUUCAACAAGACUUUGGACUUGAACUUGAUGGACGUUGGAUUCUGCCCUCCUUAUGGUUGGGUCUGUGGACAUUUGCGAGUCCAGGCGGCUCCAUCCUUGGGGCCUUCUUCGGCGGUCAAAUUCAGGAUUGGAUAGGCCGACGGGCUUCAAUCGGCAUCGGAUCAUUUUUAUCUGCAAUUGCAGUAGCCAUAUGCUACGUCUCCUACAUUCCGGCUGAUAUUGAUGCUCGACGCGGUGUCUUUUUGGCUGGCAAAGGGUUUCAGGGUCUUGCCAUUGGCAUUGUUACCACGACCACGCAGACAUACAUGUCCGAAGUUCUGCCCCCGAGUCUUCGAGGUCCGAUCCUCGCCUUUUUCCCCAUGUUCACCCUCCUUGGCCAACUCAUUGGCGCGGCUGUUAUUUUCGGCUGCAUGAAAUUGCCCAGAGGGUAUGCCGUCUGCUUUGCCUCACAGUGGCCAUUCUCUUUUGUGCCAAUGAUUGUGGCAUUUUUCAUCCCCGAGAGCCCGACAUAUCUUGUCCGAAAGAAUAGAAUGGCUCAAGCUCUCAAUUGCCAGAAGCGUCUCGAGCCCGGAGACGGCGACGCGCAACAAACUAUCGAAGUCAUCCAGCGAAAUAUCGAACACGAACGGAAAAUGACAAAGGCAACCUAUAUAGAUUGCUUUAAACGCUCCAACUUGAAGAGAACAUUAAUUGUAAUGUUCGCUGGAUCUGUACCACAAAUCUUUGGUCUCAGUUUGCUUGCAAAGGCUAGCUACUUUGCCCAAGUAGUUGGCAUGUCGGCAAACAAGAGCGUGAUUUUGUUGAUCGUGGGCAUAGUAUGUGGUCUGGGGGCCAAUACAGCCAGUAUUUGGGUUCUUCACCACGUAGGUCGCCGCCGCCUUGUGCUGUAUGGUCUACUUGGUGUAGCAUUUUUAUGGUUCACGAUGGGAAUCUCCGGCAUCUGGGACAAGGAGCCAACGAUCAUAUACACCGCCUUCAGUAUGAUAGCCAUCAUCGUUGUAGCCGGACUCAGUGUGUGGCCCGCAUCGUAUGCCGUAGGAGCGGAAACGUCGUCCUUGCACCUGCGAGGAAAGUCUCAGGGCAUUGGAUGGCUAACAGCAGGUGCCUCGGCGUCCAUAUUUGGCUUUUUUCUUCCCUAUCUAUACAACUCCGAUGCAGCCAACCUGAGGUCCAAAAUUGGGUUCAUUUUUUCCGCCUUAUGUGCUCUCUCGGCUGUUGUGUCAUAUUUCUACGUCCCGGAAAUGAAGGGCCGCACACCUGCAGAGAUUGAUCGAAUGUUUGAGGCCAAGGUACCAGCCAAGGACUUUGGGAAUUGGACGCUGCCAUCUUCGCACAGUUCUCAGAUAGACGCGGAUGAGAAGAGAGGAGAGGCAUAA